CGAUCGAUCGAUCGAUCGAUCUAUUUUUCUCUAAAUCGGAUCUAAAUAAUCUAGACGCAAUACUGUACGAUAUGUUGCUCGGAAUAUUCGUAGUUUUUGCUUCGAUCCUGUCAUCCGUUUUGGCAACCACGGUUAAUCUUACCAAUAACGGUUUAAAGAAAGAAGAUUUCUUCUUAAAAAUUCAAUCGGUUAUAUCGCUGAGCGAAGUGACAGAUUUAAUAUUACGUCAAAAUCAAUUUGACAGUUUUCUCGAUUGCUCGACGAAUUUAGCUUCCUUGAAAACAUUGGAUCUAUCGCAGAAUCAUCUGCAACGUUUCUUUUUCCUUUGCAAAGACGAAUACAAUCUGCAAGUAUUAAAUGUCAGCCAUAACAAGUUGGAAUAUAUUGAUGACAAUGCGCUCAAUGAAAGAAUAUUGAAACUUAAAAUAUUGGAUUUAUCAUCGAACAAAUUGUCUAUCGUCAAUGAGACUAUGUUGGAACAUUUAAAGAUUUUAGAAUUUCUCUCGUUAGCUGACAAUCCGAUCGGUGAUGGAAUUCACGAAAAUGCAUUUUGGACGUUGAGUGCGUUGAAACAUCUCGAUUUAAAAAACGUUUCGAGUUCUUUCUUCUCCGCUGAGCUAUUUAAAAAUUUAAUUAAUCUUUCGAUUUUGAAUUUAUCAUGGAACCCGAUAAGUAUGAUCCCUCUUUUACCGAUGACUCUAGAAGAACUUGAUAUAUCGGGAACGGAAAUCUUUCAACUGAAUGGUUUAUUCCUACCACAACUAAGAGAACUUAAAAUGAAUAAUAUGCCGAAUUUGACGAAACUUUCAUUAAAUGAUUUAGAAAAUUUAACAAGCUUGGAGGUAUUAUCAUUAGCAGGAUGUAGAAAUUUGGUGCAACUUACGGUUUGGCCACAUCAUGGCCUUUUAUUACCACGACUUCAACGUUUAUCGAUCGAGAAUUGUGCUUUGGAAACUUUGGAGUCUGAUCUUCGAUUGAUUUUACAAAGAACAGCUGUUGUAAAUCUUCGGGAUAAUCCAUGGAAAUGUGAUUGUAAAAUGCAAUGGCUUAACACGAAUAAUUCUUUGAAAGAAUUGAGCACAGAGAUCAAAUGUUCCAUGCCAGAACGACAUCGUAGCAAACUUCUCAAGGAAAUUCCAAUCUACGAAUUGGAAUGCGAAUCAGUUUCAUCGAUUUUUUAUCCAAUUUUAUGGUCCGGCAUAACAUUGCUAAUCGUUUUCGUGAUACUUCUAAGUGUUUUCUUCGCUUUUAAGAAACAAGAUGGAAAAUGGAAAAUGGAAUUCGUUAGAAAUCGGGAUACUGUUACAUACACAAACGUUGUGGAGUCAUCGAAUGAUUUGGUAAGAAUAUUAACUGUCAAUGAUAAUCACGAAUGUAAUGACGAAUGAAGAAAAAGAAGAAAAAGAAAUAAAAUCGUGAUAAUAUAAGUAUAGAAAAUAAUAUAAUAAGGAUAUAAAUAAUAAGAAAACGGAUCGUUUUCAACAACAUAAUAUAUAUUCUAAUUUUAGCAAUUAGAAAUUAUUGCCAAGAAAAAAAAAAAAAAAAAAAAAGAAAGAAAAGAAAAUCUUUGUGUUACAUAUACGUGUACAGUACUUUCUUUCACGAUCAUACAUGCGUAGCAAUAUAUUAUAAAGAACGAAUCAAUAAUUAUAAUAAAUUGCAAUACGAAUUGUGAUUCAAUGACAAAUUGUAUAAAUAUAUUAUUUGAUUAUUUUCAGACUUCAAGUUGUACGUUAAGUAUAGUAAAGUCUACCAUUUCCUCGUAUCAUCCAAAUCAUUGAUUUCUUAUUAAAGUUAUUAUCAAACGAAUAAAUAAAACAAAUUCUAAAGAGAAUUAUUACGAAUUAAUCGGAAUAAAGGACUUUGAUUGCAUAUGAAGAUAUCAAAAUAAACUCAUUCAUAAUUCUCAAUUCAUAUAGAAUUUUGUCUAUAUGAUUAUAAUCACCAUUAAUAAUAAAAAGGUUAAAUCAAUGAAUAACAAAUUAUUGCAAAUGAUUAAUUAUUGAUUCAUAAUAUAUUUUCGUCCAAUACAGAAUCCCUUUAUGUAUAUAAUCAAAUAACACGUAAGAAAUAAAAUAUGAUAUCUUAGAUGAUAAACGAUCUUUAGAUUCAUAGAUCCAUAGGAUAGAUCAAGGCUCGUUCCGUGCCAUUACCAUGCACUCUCUCUCUCUCUCUCUCUCUCACCCUCUCCCUCUCUGUCUCUAUCUAUCUUUCUCUCUCUCUCUCUCUCUCUCUCUUUUUCUCGAAACUCGAUUCACCGGUUAGCAAUUACAACAAGUUCGAGUGUUAACGUAUUCGAUAAUAGUGUAAGUUCUUUGUAAACGAAUAAAACACUUUUGUCAGUAGGCA